UUAUUUUCUGCACUGGCAGGUAGGUGGCCAAUUUGGGAUCUGAUUCCCAAAGAGACUACGCAGACCUUUUUAUAGGAAUGGGAACACAAAGCGAGGGGGAGCCGGCUGGGCUGUUAGAAAGAAGUUAAUGUGGAUGACUGGACUUAAUCCUGGUCACCUGGUUUCAGGGCCCUUGAGUCAGCUUUUACAACCAGGUCCCUUCCUGGACUCUGGCCUGGACUCUAGUGAUAAAGGACAAAGGAGUGGUGAGCAGAUGUAGCCGGUUAAGACGGGAACACAUGUAUGACUUGUGUCUUGGUUUAGACAACAGGAUAGGCAUCUCCCUCUUCGUGUCCUUUACUGGGUAACAAACACGAAAUAUCUAAAAAGCAAGUUGGAUUCUGGGGCCUGGGAACAUGGAGAUGGAGGAUGAUGGAACUUGCUCCUGAGAUGACUGGACUCAGGCAGCUGUCUCCUAAUGAUGUGACCAAGAGAAAACAUUGGAUGUUAACCUCCACAAAGAUGUACACAUGUAAACACAAAAAUGGAGAGGCCAUUCUGAUACCUGAUUGUGUUCAGUGAUGCAAGGCAGAUACUCCUGACUAGAAUCCCCAGCAAGAGGGUAGGGGUAGCUCAUUUGUGCAGCCACCUCCCAGUCACAGUCCUCUGUAAAUAGCUGCUUUUCUGUUUUCAGAAUUUAGCUUCACCAAUUUUUAUUUAUUUAUUAUAUUUAAGUACACUGUAGUUGUCUUAGACACACCGAAAGAGGGUGCACACCAGAAGAGGGCAUCAUUUACAACUACAGAUGGCUGUGAGCCACCAUGUGGCUGGUGAGAUUUGAACUCAGGACCUCUGGAAGGGCAGUCAGUGCUCUUAACCACUGAGCCAUCUCUCCAGCCUAGCUUCCUUAGUUUUAAAACAUGCCUGUAAUUUCACCACCUAGCUGAGAAAUACUCACAACUAAACAGUUGUAUAAGAUCUUUUGGCCUCCAGCACUUCUGUUCACUUAUCUUGUAUUAAUUUAUUUUUGAGAUGGAGCUCUCUCUGUGUUGGUCAGGCUUUCUUCGAACUUGGGGCAAUCCACCUGCCUCAGUUUCCUGUGUGCUGCUGGACUGAUAAGAGUGAGUCACCAGGCUCCCUGUGAACUUAGCCACGUGGUACUUUGCGAAACCCCAGAGUAUGUCACUAGCUGAGCUCUGUGGCUGCCAGCUUAACAUUCUCUAGGGGUGGAGGGUUCCUUCCUUCUUCCGCAGCUCUGGCCCCACAGAGUGCAAGCCCUGCCUAGUUCCACGUGGCGCCAGGGCACUGGGCCGGAGGGCAGGGCCUGGCUCAGCUAGAUGAUGUGAUUACAGGCGAGACUGCUGACUUCAUCCUCUCCUCCCCACAAGACCCGGAAGGGAGGAAGGGGUGGAACCGAACUCUCCCUCCUCCUCCAGCAGCUACCAGGGACCUCGAAAUCUACCAGCUCAGGACCCCCACAGCCAGGUCUGCACUGUCACCCUCCAGGAUCCUUGUGGCAGGGGACAAGGCUGUGCAUAAGACAAUUGGUUCGGAACAUGUCUCCAUCCACCCCACUCUCUGUGGCUCCAGGCUUCAUCCUCCCCCAUCCAUGACCAACCCAGCCCCGUCACUCCAUAGUGUCUUUGGCAUUCUAAGUGCCUUGGAAAGGGACAGGCUGACCUGUCUGAAACACAAGCUGGGGAGUCUGCAUCCAGGCAGCCUGGAGUCAAAACUUCUCCACGCCAUGGUACUCCUGGCUCUGGGCCAGGACACGGAGGCCAGGGUCUCUCUGGAGUCCUUGAAGGUAAAUACAGCAGCGCAGCUGGUAGCUGGCCAGUGGGCAGACAUGGAGAACACAGAGGACCCUGAGGAGCCUCCAGACUUGUCCUGGACGGUGGCUCGCCUGUACCACCUGCUGGCUGAGGAGAACCUGUGCCCGGCCUCCACAAGGGAUGUGGCUUACCAGGUGGCCCUUCGUGACCUCACCUCCCAGGGUGACCACCAGCUGGGCCAACUCCAGAAGGAGGCCUGGGAUCGGUGUAGUUCUCAUCAGGGUUCCCUGCAGCCACCAUCAGCUGCCCCUGCAAUGACUAGAAGUCAGCCUCGCCCCAUUGACACAUCAGACUGGAGUUGGGGACAUACGUUACACUCCACCGGCAGCACUGCCACACUGGCCAGUCACCUAGAGAUCAGCCAGUCGCCCACUCUGGCCUUUUUCUCUUCACACCAUGGAGCCCAUGGGCCCAGCAAGCUAUGCGACAAACCACUGGGCACUCAGGAGCCUCAGCUUGUCCCUGAAGGCUGCGAAGAACCUGACAGGAGCCAGCCUCCACCAGUGCAGACCAGUAUCUCUUUGGGGUUACCACACGAAAUUAGGGUCCCAGAGGUGGCUUUGCCCAUCCUCCCUGACUCUCUGGCUGCUCCAAACACAAGUGUCCACUGUCCCAUUGAAUGCACAGAGGUGUCUGCAGACUCUAGGUCUCCCCUGACAUCCAUCACAGAAAGUGUUGGAAAGCAGUGGCCUAUCACAAGUCAGAGGUCACCUCAGUUUCCAGUAGGAGACGAUGUUCUGCCGAACUCCAUGUCAUCCAGCCCUCCUGCCCAGCCACCGUCUUCCCAAGCCUCCUCUGUGCAGCCCCCUCUGUCCUCUGCUUCCUCCCAGAGCAGCUGCCCUGCUCCCCCAGCCUCCACACCCCCUGUUUCGGAACACUUGGAAACAUCUGAUCAGAAAUUCUAUAACUUUGUGGUCAUCCAUGCCAGGGCUGAUGAACAUGUGGCCCUACGUAUUCGGGAGAAGCUAGAGACCCUUGGGGUACCUGAUGGGGCCACCUUCUGUGAGGAAUUUCAGGUGCCUGGGCGUGGUGAGCUGCACUGUCUCCAAGAUGCCAUCGAUCACUCAGGGUUCAUGAUCCUGCUCCUGACUGCCAGCUUUGAUUGUCCCCUAAGCCUGCAUCAAGUCAACCAUGCUCUCAUGAACAGCCUCACCCAGUCUGGGAGGCAGGACUGUGUGAUCCCCCUCCUCCCACUUGAGUGCUCCCAGGCUCAGCUCAGCCCAGACACAACCAGACUGCUCCAUAGUAUUGUGUGGCUGGAUGAGCACUCCCCAAUCUUUGCCAGAAAGGUGGCAAACACCUUCAAAGCACAGAAGCUCCAGGCACAGCGCGAGCGCUGGAAGAAAGAGCAGGAAGCCAGAACCCUCAAGGAGCAGAGCACACAGCUGGAGGCUGAGCGGCAAAGGGUGGCUGCCAUAUCUGCAGCCUACUCAGCCUAUGUCCAUGGCUACACAGCCUGGCAAACAGAAAUGAACAGACUUGGGGUGGCCUUUGGGAAGGACUUGUCACUGGGGCCCCCAACACCUUUCCCCAGCUGGCCAGGGUUUCCGAAGCCAAUGCCUUCCCAUCCUCAGGGUUGUACUCCAGUUUCCCCCUAUUCUCCGAGGCAGCCUCCGUCCUCUUCCCUAUCCCAAUCCUUUUCACCAGCCUCCUCCCCAGCCCCCCAGACUCCAGGACCUCAGCCUCUAAUUAUUCAUCAUGCCCAGAUGGUACAGUUGGGAGUUAACAACCACAUGUGGGGCCACACAGGGGCCCAGUCAUCUGAUGACAAGACUGAGUUUGGAGAAACCUUGGAUGGGCCCUCUGACCGAGGGGAACCCCUUUCUUGAAACUCCAGAGUGACCAGGUUGGACCCCACCUAGAUUGCGAGAGUGGCAAGACUGAACUUCACUUGGGUUCUUAAAGUUAUAUUAGAGGAAGGGAACCUUGCCUGGGCCCCCACAGUGGCCAUUAGUUGGUCCCAGUUUGAGACCCCAGAGGCAGGGAAGACCACACCUGUAAAUCAGGGCUUGGGAAACGUGCAGAACCCCCAUUUGAACAGACUCUGUGGGACCCCAACCUGCAUCAUCUCUGUGAAUAGAGGAUGAUGGGGCCAUAGGCUCCUGUGAGGGGUCCUCAGUGUGGCCAUGUAACCUUCAUAUGGUCUCUCUGGGGGGGGGAUGCGGUGCUGGGGCACAUAGGGAAGGUCCUGUUUAUAAUAAAGUUAUUGACAGCUGAGUCACAAGCCAACGCCCCCACACUCCAUCACCCUCAGGAAACAAGCAGGUCACGCCAACUUCGCCAUGACUAGAAUAGAAAAGGGGGUGUACCAGCCCAGUCCUUGAGUGGCAGGAACCGGAAAUUAUGUAGAUAUACUCAUCCCAUUGGUCAGUUCAGGCUACGUAGCCUUCUGUUGCAAGGAAUUCUAGGAAAUGUAGUCUGGUGGGGGGGGUGCUGCAGCCAUUCAUCAGGAAGUCUUAUAACUUCAAGAAAGGAGGAGAAAAAAAACUGGGAGUUGCUGCCAGUUUUGAUUGUUUUGUCACUGCGGAUCAUCUUCCUUCAUGCUGAUUCCCCUCCCCAAGACAUGUCAGACUCUUAUACAUUAAACAAACAAACAAAAACAA